AUGAAAUUCGCGGUACUGGUUAUUGUAGGCGGCUGCUUUGCUUGGCAAAUGGCGAAGACCCAGUUGGUUUACAAGCUUAACAAAAUGGAGUGCCAAGUCAAUCAGACGAGGGUUAGUAACGUCUCUUGCCAUGUGAAGGCGAUCAAUUGGAAUAUGGGGGUGGUAAACAUGGAUUGCUUCUUGAUUGUUCCUUUAGUAAAUCCAGUUAUUCGAAUGCAGUUUUAUACGAAGGACUACAGUAAUCAGUACAAGCCUUUUCUAGUUGACGUUAACAUUAAAAUGUGUGAUGUGAUCGAAAGAAGGAACUUUAUACCCUAUGGCGUUAUCGUCUGGAAGUUGUUUAAGCGUUUUAGUAAUGUGAACCACUCCUGCCCUUUUUCGGGUCAGCUUACAGCCCGUGACGGGUAUCUGGACAACAAUCUUUUCCCACCGUUCCCCAAAGGAUUCUACCAAAUGAGUUUAAUGGUUAUGGAUAUAAAUUCAAUCACUAAUGACUAUGUAGGCACUAUGAAGUUUUACAUACAAGUCAUGGAAAAGAUUAAAACCAAGAAACUUCCCAGAGCAUAA